AGAUUCUGCCAAGUUCUACCUGUAACUGGCUUCAUUUUCAAGUCAGAUGUUUGGCUGCUGCUCUGUCCCCUGCAACAAGGAGCCAUGCCAGCUGGACACACACUUCUUCCGGGGCCUCUGGCAGCCAGGACAGAGUUGAGACCACAGCUAUUGAGACCCUGAGCCCUGAGUCUGUGUUGCUUAAGAAGGGCCUCCCCCAGCAAUGACCUCCUCAUUGCUUCUGGCCUUUCUCCUCCUGGCUCCAACCACAGUGGCUACUCCCAGAGCUGGCGGUCAGUGUCCAGCAUGUGGAGGGCCCACCUUGGAACUGGAAAGCCAGCGGGAGCUGCUUCUUCAUCUGGCCAAGAGAAGCAUCUUGGACAAGCUACACCUCAGCCAGCGCCCAACACUGAACCGCCCUGUGUCCAGAGCUGCUUUGAGGACUGCACUGCAGCGCCUCCACGGGGUCCCACAGGGGGCACUUCCGGAGGACAACAGGGAACAGGAAUGUGAAAUCAUCAGCUUUGCUGAGACAGGCCUCUCCACCAUCAACCAGACUCGUCUUGAUUUUCGCUUCUCCUCUGAUAAAACUGCUGGUGACAGGGAGGUCCAGCAGGCCAGUCUCAUGUUCUUUGUGCAGCUCUCUUCCAAUACCACUUGGACCUUGAAAGUGAGGGUCCUUGUGCUGGGUCCACAUAAUACCAACCUCACCUUGGCUACUCAGUACCUGCUAGAGGUGGAUGCCAGUGGCUGGCAUCAGCUCCUCCUGGGGCCUGAAGCUCAAGCUGCCUACAGCCAGGGGCACCUGACCCUGGAGCUGGUACCUGAAGGCCAGGUAGCCCAGAGCUCAGUCAUCCUGGGUGGAGCUGCCCAUAGGCCUUUUGUGGCAGCCCGGGUGAGAGUUGGGGGCAAACACCGGAUUCACCGACGAGGCAUCGACUGCCAAGAAGGGUCCAGGAUGUGCUGUCGACAAGAGUUUUUUGUUCACUUCCGUGAGAUUGGCUGGCACGACUGGAUCAUCCAGCCUGAGGGCUAUGCCAUGAACUUCUGCAUAGGGCAGUGCCCACUACAUGUAGCCGGCAUGCCUGGUAUUGCGGCCUCCUUUCACACUGCAGUGCUGAAUCUUCUCAAGGCCAACACAGCUGCAGGCACCACUGGAGGGGGCUCAUGCUGUGUACCCACAGCCCGGCGCCCCCUGUCUCUGCUCUACUAUGACAGGGACAGCAACAUUGUCAAGACUGACAUACCUGACAUGGUAGUAGAGGCCUGUGGGUGCAGUUAGUCUAUGUGUGGUAUGGGCAGCCCAAGGGGGUGUGGAAAAACACUCCCCCACAGAAGUGCACUUCCUUGAAAGGAGGGAAUGACCUCAUUCUCUGUCCAGAAUGUGGACUGACUUGAAGAAACCUUCAUCUAAAAAGAGUCACUGUACCAUCUUCCCGACCACUACUCUCUUUCCUAGGGCAUGGUUCAUCCCGCUAGCCCCACGUGCUUAACCCUGACUCCAGGGACUCAGACCCAUCUCCAACAAUGAGCAAGGCCAUCUGGUUCCCAGGCAAAGACACCCUUAUCUCACCUUUAAUUGACCCCAUAACCCACUAUGCUUUCCUGUCCUUUCUACUCGAUGGUCCCCACUCCAAGAUGAGUUGACACUGCCCCUUUCCCCGAUUUUUGUGGAUCUCCAGAGAGCCCCUUCUUCGGAUUCACCAAAGUUUAGAUCACUGCUGCCCAAAAUAGAGGCUUAUGUACCCUCCUCUUUGUUGUGAGCCCCUUUCCUUCUUUCUUGUCCUUCUCUGCCUUUCUCUGUGCCCUUAAGGGCUGACUUGCCUGAGCUCUAUCACCUGAGCUCCCCUGCCCUCUGGCUUCCUGCUGAAGUCAGGGCACUUAUCCCUGCUCCCUCUCUGCAUAGGUACCAUGGUUCUGUGUAACUGUGGCUAUUCUGUGUCCCUACACUAGUAGCCUGGCUACCCGCUUCCAUGGCCCCAACUCUGCCUACAUUCUGCUAUCACUGUUUCAACACUAGGGGGUCCUAAAGGCUUUCUAUCUUGCUAGUCCCUGGGGCCUCAACAUCUCUUACUGGUUCCCUUAAC